GAAGGAUGAUAGGUGGUGGGUAUAGCCUCUCACUUGGUGCGAGUCGCAUUUACUCAACGCGCUUGAUAAAGACAUGCCAACGUUAACUUUUGUUAUAAUUAAUUUAUUGUGGUAGUGGAGUGCACUGUACGUUUAGUGAAGUGAAUAAAAGACUACAAUGAUCAAGUCCAUCGUCCUAUUGCUAUCCAGUACAUAUCUGGCCAGCUGCAUCCCGCCCCCGCACCCCGCGGUGGUCGCAGUGAGGCAGGCUGAGGAGCAGUUACCUUUACACCUUAGAAGCCCUGCAUUGUGGAACCGCAACCUCCAAGAAGUUCUUCCGUUAACCAGCUUGUUGCAUAAUGGAGAGAAAGCGGUAUUCGAAAGAGAAGCGGACAGUGUAUCGAGAACGGAAAUCUACAAAAUUUUGACGCACGCGGGUUUCAUCGGGAGGAGAAAUUACAUCCACCAGUAUCCCUCGCAAAACCAAAAACACGCUCUUUAUUACCCCCCUAGCAAUGACUCGCCAUUUGUACUGAAUCCGGAUUUAUUGCAAUAUUUAAAGUGAAGGCGGACUAAUUAAGUUCCUAUAAUUUCAUUUUGUAAAUA